AGAAAUUACAAUAGCUAGAGACUUCAAGUUUGCUUCUGAGACAAAAUGACAUAUGGUAUAUGCUCGUAUAUAUGCAACGCAUAUUCACCGCAUAUACUUUUGGCCAACAAAGGUAAACGGACGCAAGAAUGUAUCUGCGUGGGUAUUUGCAUAACAUUAAUGGCAUUUAAUUGCGGAUUCCUUAUUUUACAUUUUCGAAUACGCAAUAUGAGUGCUAUUAUUACUGCAGCUUUAUGUGGUAUCGUUACGGCGGAUUUCGGUUCCGGUUUGGUGCAUUGGGGUGCAGAUACGUGGGGUUCAGUGGACCUACCUAUAAUUGGAAAGAACUUCCUCCGGCCUUUUCGGGAGCAUCACAUAGAUCCCACAUCAAUCACCCGGCAUGACUUUAUAGAGACUAAUGGUGACAAUUUUAUGGUCACCAUUCCUUUUUUGGCACGAAUGUUAUGGGACUUCUUAACGUUACCUGAAGAAGAAGUACAAAAAAAGUUUAUAUGGAAUUGCUAUGUGUUUUUAUUAGCAAUAUUUGUAGCUAUGACUAAUCAGAUACAUAAAUGGUCUCAUACGUACUUCGGGUUACCUGGGUGGGUGGUUUGGUUACAAGAGCAUCACAUCAUCCUACCACGACGUCACCAUCGAAUACAUCACGUAGCACCUCACGAAACCUACUUCUGUAUUACAACCGGAUGGCUCAAUUGGCCACUAGAAAAAUUGCAUUUCUGGACGAUAAUGGAGUACAUUAUCGAGUAUACUACAUCGUGUAAACCUCGCGCAGAUGACUUCAAAUGGGCACAAAAACGCACGUGAUAUAACAAUAGCACCAUUCGCAUGUUUAGUGUCUUAAAUAAUUCAUUGUGCCUCGAGGGGGUUUGUGGUCGGAAAAUAUCGCUUUAGAUAAUUUGCUUUUGUCGUAAGAAAGUGCUUUCCCCGAAAUUCUUUACACAGCAGAUAAUCAAAAGGUUCUGCAUUUUAGCAGAAAUCAAAUCAACAUUGUUACUGAGAUUGUGCCUAUACUGAGAGAAAUUUUUAUAAGUGUAUGUAAGUAUAUGAUAUAGUGCUCGUAUACUCAGGUCUAGCUAUCAAAUAGCUUUUUAAACGCUUACCGACUUAAUUAAUUGAACAAAGAUAUUUUUACAAUUAGUCAAGGAGUAGUUAGUGAACCACUACUUAAUAUUUUGUUAUAAAAAGCACGUAAAUCAGAAUAGUCGCGUGUACUCUGUCAAUUGUGUUCUUAAGGAUUUUUUUAGUGCUUCGUAGAAUAGUAAUCUAGAAACAUAUGUAUCCGGGGACCACAGUGCGAGAUUUGUGUAAUUUUUUUAAUAAUAAUAAUACUAUUGUACAAUUUGGACUAGAGACUUGGGUGUUCAUCCAAAUUGUAUAUCGUGAUUAUUAUAACUUUGCAAUCAGAAUGGUCAUUUGAAGCUCAUUGAACUUUUAAGAAUUUUGAGCCAUCGAAUUCUGAGUGAACGGGUGUCAAUUUUUAUUAGCAACAUCGUUUUUUGGAAAAUGAGUCUAGUCAAUCUUCUUAUUGCAGUUGGAAUUACAAAUUCUUCUGUACCGAUUUUCUUUUUUUUUUCUCACAUUACUUCCUCUUUUCUCACUAAAAUUGCUGUAUCUAGAAAAGCAAAAAAACUUAGCAUAAAGAAAUAAAUAUUUAGAUUAAAGUAGUCAUUGCAUAAUAGUUUAUUCUGUCAGAUAAGAUCCAUUAACAGGGAAUUUUGCAAUUAUUGAUCAUUAGGGCGCGGAUUUUUAGGUGCUAAAAACUUCCAAAAUAUUUAUUUUUUAUGUGCUUAAAAACAUUAAAAUAUUUACUAAAAACUUAAAAUUAUUUUGACAAUUUUCGCGAAAAAAACCUCGACAAAAACGAAAAGAAGACGUCUUUUAUGUAGCUGAACAUUACUUACCAGGAGUUUCUUUAGCAUUGCCAAUGUACAACAAAAGGCAUCUCCAAAUUAUCGAUCUCAGGUGAUUGUCGAUUGUCCCUAAAUAAUAAUUUGUACUGCGAGAAACACUGUUUCACGUCACAGGAAAUGUCUUGCGUAUUUUAAGAGAGGGUUCAUGGGACGCCGUAAAAUUUACAUGUUUUUAAAUUCAAUUGUAUAUUGGAUACUGUUGAAGAGUGACGACGCGAAUUAGUGCUCGAUUUAACUUAAGGCAUUUUACGUACGGUGUGCAAUUGAAACAGUAUCUACCGAGUCAGAUAGAUAACAAAAAGAAAGCAGCCAGUCAAAAAAUUACGGGUAGCCGCAUGCAUAAAACAGAACUUGUCAGCAGGUCUAGAAUUUGCUGAAGUGACGAAUGCAGAAACAAGAUACCAUAGUACUCACUGCAUACAGAAAUCACGUGCAAAUAAAUAUGGGGACAAAAAUGUGGAAUAUGAUGCACGCGGAAGAGAAAAAAUGGAUAAAAUAAAUUAAAAACGUUGUAUUUAUGUGGUUUUUAUGAAUAUCUUUGAAAUAUGUAUUCACAUAAAAAUAAACCAAAAAUAUGUGUUUUUAUGUGAAAUAAAAUUUCGUUUUUGAGUUACUU